AUGCUCUCAGCAUUCACUGCUCAGCCCAUUGUCGAGCUGAAGCAGCGCGACAAGUCGAAGAUCGAGUCAAUACUUUCGCACAGCGACCAGCUGCUUGUGGGCCUGAACACUGGCUCCCUCCGCAUCUACCGAGUCAAACCCCCUCCCUCGCAUUCCACUGAACUAGGCGACGAUCAUGAAGAACACGAUCCUACUAGCGAUAGGCCAGCUGCUGCCUCCAAGCCCUCCGAACUACUUCGGGAGUACGAGAAGUUUUCAAAAUACAAGAUUGAACAACUGGCUGUUUUCCGCGAGGCGAAUAUCAUGAUAUCUUUAAGCAAUGGUCUUGUCUCUAUUCACGACCUGGGCACGUACGAGCUCAAUGAACAGCUCACUAAAUCGAAAGGAGCGAGUACUUUUGCCGCCACAAGCAACAUCGUCAAGGACUCCUCAACUGGUGUGCCCACCCUUGUCAGCAGGUUAGCCGUUGCAGUGAAGAGAAGGCUUCUAAUCUGGACUUGGCAUGAUGGAGAGCUCGAUGGGGACGCAGCUGAGAUUGCGCUAUCACACAGUAUUAAAUGCUUGGCCUGGGCAACGGGUACAAUGGUUGUUGCUGGGCUUAGCGCGAAUUAUGUCCUCGUCGACGUCGAAUCCCACCAGGUGAAAGACAUUAUCGGUCCUGGCAGCAUUGGUGGUGCCCCUGGCCAAGAAAGCAGCAGAUUGGGAGGGACGAUGAGCUACAUUGGUAUGGGUUCGACAGUCCCAACGCCACUAGCAACCGGGCUUGGAGAGAACGAAAUGCUACUGGCGAAGGAUGUGAACACCCACUUCAUCGACCGUAAUGGAGAUCCAAUUCGUCGACGUCAGGUUCCAUGGCGCGUGGCUCCUCACGCGAUUGGUUAUUCAUAUCCUUACCUGCUCGCCUUGCAAGAGGCUACCAAAGGCGUAUUGGAAGUUCGCAACCCGCAGACGCUCACCUUACUCCAAUCAAUUGACCUUCCCGGCGCUGUGUUGCUUCAGGUCCCCAAUCCAAGCAUCAGCCUCGCCCACCAGGGGAAAGGAUUCCUGGUUGCCAGCGAGCGUGUCAUCUGGAGGAUGCAAGGACUCCACUACGAUGCCCAGGUUGAUGCUUUGGUUGAGGGCAAUCAACUUGAUGAGGCGAUAAGCCUACUGGAGAUGAUAGAAGAGACCCUUAUCAAAAACAAAGCAGGGCGCUUGCGCGACAUCAAGAUGCAGAAGGCUCGGAGACUCUUCGACGAAAAGAGGUUCAGAGACGCGCUGGACCUGUUCGGCGAGGUCUCCGCACCUCCUGAGUGUGUCAUUAAGCUAUAUCCCGCACUCAUUUCAGGUGAUUUGGCGGAUGAGGGAAAAUUCAGUGCUGGGGAAAGUCAAGAAGCGCCAAAGGCCGGGGAGAGCCCACAGAAGUCGCCCAAGAAGACAGAUAAUGCCUCUAGCCCUAAGAAAAGGGCGAAGGGAAUUGCCUCGGAGGCUGAUGCGGCAAGCAUACAGAGCGUGAAAACCACAGACCACGCAGGUAGCGAAUGCCUCUCAGAAAAGGAACUCAAAACAGCUGUUCGAGAACUUCAGGCAUUCCUUGCCGAUGUUCGCCGUCGGCUGCAACGGUUCUUCAACCCAGACCAGACUGUACGCACUCUGUCAGAAGUACAAAUCGCAGCCCAAUCCGAGGAUGUCCGACAGAUCAUAGAACAUCUUCUUGGGUUACCCACGCUGGACGAUGUUGACCUUGCCGUCAAGCUGCUGGAUGUAGCCAAGCUAGUUGACACCACCCUUUUCCGUGCACAUAUGUAUGCCACGCCUUCGCUCGCUGGAUCACUGUUCCGCAUCCCCAACUUCUGUGAUCCUGAGGUUGUAAUGGCAAAGCUAGAAGAGACAGAACGGUACAAUGAUCUAAUCGAGUUUCUAUACGGAAAAAGGCUCCACCGACAAGCGCUGGAGAGACUGCGAAAAUUUGGACGAGCUGAAAAGACCGAAGAUAUUGAUCCCCUGCUACAUGGACCGGCAAGAACGGUCUCGUAUCUUCGGAAUUUGGGGCCGGAUUUGAUCGAUAUGAUACUGGAGUUUGCAAGGUGGCCGCUGGAGACAGACUCAGAGAUGGCGAUGGAGAUAUUUUUGGGCGACACGGAAAAUGCAGAGUCACUUCCACGUGACAAAGUUCUGGCAUUUCUCGAGUCGAUCGACAUAGACCUAGCAAUGCGGUAUCUGGAACACGUGGUGGACGAGCUUGACGAUCUGACGCCUGAACUGCAUCAGCGGCUGGCCGCGCUUUAUCUUGAACGGUUGAAGGACUCGACCAAAGCAAACCGAGAUCAGCUGCUCGAUAAAUUCCUGACACUGUUGAGGACAUCUGAUCAGUAUUCUCCAGCAAAGACCUUGGGAUUCCUACCUCGGGAUGAUCCAACGUUCUACGAAGCUCGAGCUAUCGUCUUCAGCAAGAUGGGCAACCACAAGCAAGCUCUGGAGAUAUACGUCUUUAGACUGCACGACCCGGCCAAAGCGGAAGAAUAUUGCAAUCAAACGCAUCUAGAGGAGACCGGCAAAUACUCCAGCAAGUUGGCUCUGCGUCGGAAACCGUCGACCACCGACCCAGUUGACGAGGAACCAUCAAUCUAUCAUAUUCUCUUAAACCUGUACUUAAAUCCUCCGAAAGGGGAGCAGGCACUAUUCGAACCAGCCAUUGAGUUGAUGGCCCGCCAUGGGCCCAGGCUUCCACCAAGUUCAACGUUGGAGCUGAUCCCGGAAGAUCUGCUAGUGAAAGAGCUGGAGUUUUAUUUUCGUGGUAGAAUACGCAAUGCCAAUACCAUAAUGAACGAGUCGAUGAUAUUCUCUGGAUUGAGGAAGGCGGAUGCUGUUCGAGUGCAGGCUGCUUUGCUGCUUGGGGAAGGCGUCCAGUCGGGUGGUCGAGGGAGGAAGGUGCGGAUCGACGAAGAUCGGGUGUGCGGUGUCUGCUAUAAGCGACUUGGUGGCAGUGUGAUUAGUGUGUUUCCUGACAAUUCUGUUGUGCACCUUGGGUGUGCAGUGCGCAAGCAGAGCGAGAUUGCGGCCAAGGUGGUCUAA